AAGUGAUGAAAGGAUAAAACUUAAAAGGAGGUUGAAGUGCCUCCACAGGUUGGUUUUCACCCACAGCUUCAGCUUCUUCCUCAGUCAGUACUCGCUAAGCUCAAUCGAAAGCUUCCUCUUCUAUGGAUAUAACUGUAUCGAAUUGUUCUACUUGAUGCCUUUGUAAAUUCAUGGCCCUGCUUAGGUUUCCAGUUUCUUUGGAGACCUUUGAUUCAAAGAAGGCUAAUUUCCCUUUGAAUUCUGCUGAUCGUAGCUCUGGCUUUUCGCCUUCUAGUUGCCUUCAUGCGCUUCGAGCUUGCGCUUUCGUUUCUUUGAGCAGGAUCAAGUACGUCCAAGUCUCUAGGCUCGAAAAUGAGCUAACCGGCGUUUCUGACGAGGGUUUGGACGAGGGGAAUCUGAAUUCGAGAUUUGAACCUGGGAAGAAAGUUCGGGUGGCAAAGACGGUAGUGAACAGAGCAGUUGAAGUGGAUUUGAAAUAUAGAUACAAAAGGAAACCUAGGAAAGGUGGUACACUUGAUAUAGACAAGUUCUUUGUAUAUGAUGAUGAUUUUGAUGUAGAUUACUCUUCCAUACGGAUUGACUUGAGCUCUGAACUUUGUAAUGCGAUCUUGAAAAGGCUUGUAAAGAGAAGUGAUAGUAAAUCUCUGGUGUUUUUUCAGUGGAUGAGGAGCAAUGGGAAGUUAGAACAGAACAUUGGCGCGUAUAAUGUGAUUAUUCGGGUGUUAAGCAGGAAAGGAGACUGGGAUGCUGCGGAGAAAAUGAUUCAGGAAAUGAGAAGCAAAUUUGGUUCUGAAUUGAAUUUUCAGGUAUUUAACACGCUUAUCUACACAUGCUCCAAACGGGGUCUUGUUGGGCUAGGUACAAGAUGGUUUCAAAUGAUGUUAGACAGUGGUGUUCGUCCAAAUAUUGCGACCUUUGGCAUACUUAUGGGGCUUUACCAGAAGGGUUGGAAUGUUGAUGAGGCAGAGUUCACAUUUUCAAAGAUGAGGAGCUUUGGAAUUGUAUGUCAAUCUGCAUAUUCAGCAAUGAUAACUAUUUAUACCCGUUUAAGAUUGUAUGAGAAAGCAGAAAGAAUUAUUGGGUUGCUGAGAGAAGAUGGAGUACUUCUUAAUCCGGAAAAUUGGCUGGCAGUACUAAAUGCUUAUAGCCAGCAAGGUAAAAUGAAGGAGGCUGAGGAGGUAUUUAAAUCAAUGCAAGAAGCAGGGCUUUCCUCCAAUAUCAUUGCUUAUAACACAAUGAUAACUGGUUACGGGAAGGCAUCUAACAUGGAUGGUGCUCAAAGCCUUUUUCUGAAUAUACAGAAUGUUGGGACGGAUCCUGAUGAAACCACUUACCGGUCUAUGAUUGAAGGUUGGGGUAGAGCUGGUAAUUUUGAGCAAGCAAGAUGGUACUACGAUGAGCUGAAACGGUGGGGAUACAAGCCCAAUUCCUCCAAUUUAUACACACUGAUAAAAUUGCAAGCGAAAUAUGCAGAUGAAGAGGGUGCCAUGAGAACCCUCGCUGAUAUGCUGGAGACCGGCUGUCAGUAUUCUUCUAUACUUGGGAUUCUUUUGCAAGCAUAUGAGGGAGCUGGAAGAGUUGAUAAAUUGCCACUUCUGCUGAAAGGUUCCUUCUAUCAACAUGUUUUAGUCAACCAGAAUUCUUGCUCCAUUCUGGUCAUGGCUUAUGUAAAACAUCAAUUAGUGGAUGAGGCCUUGAAAGUAUUGAAUGACAAAAAGUGGAAUGAUCCUCAUUACGAGGAUAAUUUGUAUCAUCUGAUUAUUUGCUUGUGCAAAGAGAUAGGUCUGCUUCAGGAUGCUGUUAAAAUAUACAGUCAAAUGCCCACACAUGGCCACAAGCCAAAUCUGCACAUCUCAUGCACUAUGAUUGACAUUUAUUGUAUCAUGGGUCUCUUUGAGGAAGCAGAAAAACUGUAUCUGAAGUUGAAAUCUUCAGAAACCUCCUUGGAUAUGAUUGGCUUCAGCAUUGUUGUAAGAAUGUACGCCAAAGCUGGAUCUUUCGAAGAUGCUUGCACUGUUCUGGAUGAAAUUGACAAACGACCAGAUAUCAUUCCUGAUGUUUUUCUGUUACGUGAUAUGCUCCGCACUUAUCAACGAUGUGGUAUGCUGGAUAAAUUAUCUGACUUAUACUACAAAAUCUCAAAAGAUCGAGCAAAUUGGGACCAGGAAAUGUAUAACUGCAUCCUGAACUGCUGUGCACGUGCUCUGCCUGUAGAUGAGCUUACUAGGCUUUUUGAUGAGAUGCUUCAGCGUGGAUUUUCGCCUAAUACAAUUACCUUCAAUGUCAUGCUUGACGUCUAUGGAAAAGCCAAGUUAUUCAAGAAGGCUGAGAGGUUGUUCUUUAUGGCUAAAAGGCGGGGCCUGGCUAAUGUGGUUUCUUACAAUACAAUUAUAGCUGCAUUUGGGAAGAACAAGGACUUCAAAAACAUGUCAUCGACUGUCCAGAAGAUGAAAUUUGAUGGCUUCGAAGUUUCCCUGGAAGCCUACAAUUCAAUGCUAGAUGCUUAUGGAAAAGAUGGUCAAAUGGAGACCUUCAGAACCGUAUUGCAGAAAAUGAAGGAAUCAAGAUGUACCUCUGACCACUACACAUACAACACCAUGAUCAAUAUUUAUGGAGAGCAAGGAUGGAUUGAUGAAGUCGCAAGUGUGCUCAGAGAACUGAGAGAAUGUGGACCUGGACCUGAUUUGUACAGCUAUAACACAUUGAUCAAAGCAUAUGGUAUUGCUGGAAUGGUUGAAGAUGCUGUAGAUUUGGUUAAGGAGAUGAGAGAAAAUGGAAUUGAACCUGACGACAUAACCUACAAUAAUCUUAUCACGGCUCUGAGAAGAAAUGACAAGAUUUUAGAAGCUGUUAAAUGGUCACUGUGGAUGAAGCAGAUGAAAUUGUGAAUUUCAUAAAACUGCACUCUGAAAGCGGUCUUAGGCCUUUCAGUCGUGCUUCUGUGGAAAAUAUCACGAACUCCAGGUCCUACUUGAGUACAGUCUAACCUUUAGCUUCCUUGAUAUCCGGGCUUUUAGGGGAAUAGCGGUACGGGAUGGUGACUACUCAAAGUGCAACAAGGGGACGGAUAGGACUGGAAUUAUUUGGCGGCGGAGAGAAAUGGUCAAGAUUUAAUUUAUCUCUAGAGAUAUCUCACAAGGAAAACGCCACUGUCAAUUAAGCAGCAGAGCCGGGUGAACAAAAUUGUCAAAAUUGUCAACGCCAAAAUCUUACUGGGAAUUCAUUCCCUAUAUGGUGGAACAGGAAUUGAAGCUUUUCUCCAGUUGAACCAGAACUGUAUAAAUAAGAUCAUAGUACAUUCUGAGCAUUCUGGCAACGCACACGGGUGCUGGAAAAUAUCCUUGGGGUCCGAUAUCUAUCCUUCCUAGGCAUUUCUUGAAGCCAACAUAGGUCUUUGUUCCCCCCAAGGCUUCCAAGACAGGUUGCCAUGGAAGCGAAGAAUGUUUCUGUGGAAAUCCAUGAUUCUAGUAGAGAAAUGCUCAGUUGAAGAAAUAUGGUGACUCUAGGACCUUCUGCAAGUCAAAAUCACCUCUCUCUGGCAGUGCAGGGAAUGUCAAUCCUGGGUAUGAUUUCUGAAAGCCCUCCAGCAACUGCAAAAUUAUUGAUUGUUCAAUUAUGACAAGUUUUUUUUCCCUUUUGUGCGGCUAAAU